AUGGCAAAUGAUAAUAAUCAAACCGCAGAACAAUUUUGUAGAUAUGUUUGUAUUAAAAAUUUGCCAUUUGGAAUAACUGCUAGGGAAAUAAGUGAAUUCUUUGAACAAUUUGGUACUAUUAUGAAUCUCUAUUUAAAACGUCGUGUUGCUAAAGAUUCACCAAUUAGCUUACCCAAUCCAUUGGUUACUCUUGUUUUUCCAGAUCAGGGAAGUGUCGAUGAAAUAAUGGCUGCACGACCGUUUGUUAUGGGUGAUUGUCAGCUAUUUGUACGUCGAUGUUUACCAAUUAAUACAAAAUAUCCGACGGAACCAUUUUUUAGUACCAGAAAAAUGCUUGUGCGACUUCAAUCAGAAAAAAUCGAUGAUAGCUUACCUGAUGAUAAAUCAAUUAUUCAAUAUUUAUCACAUGCUGGUGGUAAAAUUGAACAUUUUGAAAGACUUGAUAAUAAAACAGUUUUAGUAAAAUUUGAUGAUUAUGAUCCAGUUGAUAUAUGUUGUCUAUCGAGACCUCAUUUUAUUGGAAACCAAUCAAUUGAAAUUGAGAAAUGUACUGAUGAAAAUCUAGCUAGAAAUCCUACUGGAUUACAACAGAAAUCUAAUUUUGAUAUUGAUAAUGAAAUGAUAGAUACUGUUUCACCAUCGAUACCAAUUUUAUCAAUCGAUGAUCAAAUGGCUCAAAUUCGAUCAACUCAUAAUGAUAUGACACAACGUUUAGAACGUGAACAUGAACAACUUGUAAGUUCAUUAGCUGCUGAAUGGGAGAAAGUAGCAAAAAAACGUAUUCGUCUUCAACGUUUAACAUUAGAUUUUAAACAAGAAAGUGAACGAUUGGAAGUAGAAAAACGAAAAUGGCAAAAAUUAUACAGUGAAAGUCUUAAAGAAAAACCGAUUAUAAAAACUCAAGGUGAAACUAAACUAAGUGAUGCAUAUCAAAAAUAUAUUCAAACUAAAGAAAAAUAUGAUCAAUUAAUUCAAAAUAUUCAAAAAUAA